ACAACACAUCGCCAUUUUCCACGAGUAACUGGGUCACGAGACACACGGACAAAUACUCGAAACGAUCUUCACUAAACCAACCGAUCUCACCGCUGAACCACCGCGUCGACCGGGAGCAAAUGACCGUGUUCGGUUCGGUUGCUCAGAUGAAGUAUUCUCGUGCAGGUCCGGGCUGAUGCGACACUGACCCACUCACCCAAUCAACACAACGACACUACACAACGAUACAGAAUGAAGAGAGGACAGAAGCGAGGUGAUAAUGUGGAGGAGGGGGGCGGUUCUACUCCAGGGCCGGGCCCCGGGGCUUCUGAUGUCUGUAAACGGCCCCGACGGGAAGACUCUGAAGAGGAACUGCUGGUGGACUGGGGUCUGAUGCCACAGGAGAUCCUGCUGCAGAUCUUCCGGUACCUGCCGCUGUUGGACCGGGCCUUCGCCUCACAGGUGUGCCGCAGCUGGAAUGAGGCCUUCCACAUGCCCGACCUCUGGAGAUGCUUUGAGUUUGAGCUCAAUCAACCGGCCAGCUCAUACCUGAAAGCCACUCACCCCGACCUCAUCAAACAGAUCAUCAAACGCCACUCCAAUCACCUGCAGUACGUCAGCUUCAAGGUGGACAGCAGCACUGAAUCAGCUGAAGCAGCGUGUGAUAUUCUCUCACAACUGGUCAGCUGCUCUCUGAAAACACUCGGCCUCAUCUCCACCGCACGACCCAGCUUCAUGGAGCUGCCCAAAUCUCACUUCAUCUCAGCAUUGACGGUGGUGUUUGUGAACUCUAAAUCUCUGUCAUCAUUAAAGAUUGAUGACACACCUGUCGACGAUCCGUCACUCAAAGUUCUGGUGGCCAAUAACAGUGACACACUGAAGCUGCUGAAGAUGAGUAGCUGUCCACAUGUGUCUCCUGCAGGUAUCUUGUGUGUAGCGGACCAGUGUCACGGUUUGCGUGAGUUGGCGCUCAACUACCACCUGUUGAGUGACGAGCUGCUGCUGGCGUUGUCGUCCGAACGACACGUUCACCUGGAGCACCUGCGCAUUGACGUGGUGAGCGAGAACCCGGGCCAACAUUUCCACACCAUCAAGAAGAGCAGCUGGGACGCCAUGGUGCGCCACUCGCCCAAAUUCAACCUGGUCAUGUACUUCUUCCUGUACGAGGAUGAGUUUGGUCCCUUUUUCCGUGACGAGGUGCCCAUCACGCACCUGUACUUCGGCCGCUCCGUCAGUAAGGAGGUUUUGGGGCGGGUGGGGCUCACGUGUCCGCGACUGGUGGAGCUGGUGGUGUGCGCCAACGGCCUGCGCCCCCUGGACGAGGAGCUAAUCCGGAUCGCAGAGCGCUGCAAACAGCUGUCGGCCAUCGGCCUGGGUGAGUGCGAAGUUUCGUGCAGUGCCUUCGUGGAGUUCGUGAAGAUGUGCGGCGUCCGUCUGUCGCAGCUGUCCAUCAUGGAGGAAGUUCUGGUGCCGGAUAAUAAAUACGGUCUGGAUGACAUCCACUGGGAGGUGUCGAAGCAUCUGGGCCGUGUCUGGUUCCCUGAUAUGAUGCCCACAUGGUAGAGAACGGCGCCAGGGUCCUGAUUCAGAUUAUGCUCCCGCAAUGCCCCCCUCUGCUUCAUGCACUCAUGAUCUUUGGUCCCUGCAAGAGUCAAAUGGAGUGAAUAUUCCAGUUGUCCAUAUUCCAACUGUUUUGUACGUUGCGACUGAAUAUCAAAACAGCGAAUGGAUCACAGUCGUUUUCACUCGACUGGCCCGUGUUUGGAUUGAAACACUUAACGGGGUUUAAUGACAUCAUGACUAGUCCUGCUUUUGCCCUGAUGAUGAACAUCAUCAUAAUAAGCAGCUGUGUAUUUCUGUACAUGCAUAAACCUCUCAGAAGCUUUUAUGUUGGUUUUCUGCUUUUGUUUUAUUAUUCCGUGUACAGUAAGUGUGUGUGUGUGUGUGUAUUUUGAAGGGGUCUUUUUCAAACAUCUGUCGUUUGUGACGUUCAUUUCUGUCUGAUUGAGGCAAGAUUCGUUGAGCAUGUAAAUAGUUUUUGAGUUUGGGAGUCGUCAGAUAUAUGUACUGAUAUCAGUUUGCUAUAUUUGGUAUAUUUAAAGCACUUUUUUACCAAAUGAAGUUUCACCUCGUUUUUUCGUUUGAGGGAGUUCAGUGGAAUCGUUUUCAUUUAUAUGCUGUUAUUGUUUUAGAUGAAAAUGAAUGUCAUUAGAUUUGACUGCCGCUCGUGAUGGUCGAGGGUUGAUUAUGCGGUAGUCAAUUUCAUUUCUAGCAUUAGUUGGUCGGAAAAAUAGCGUUUUUUGUGUGUGUGUGUAAUCUGAGCUAAAGAAGCACAAUUUAUGUUCCCAUUGUGGUCAGAUUUUACUGCUGAUUUGAAAUAUGUUCUUUGAUCGUAAUAUGGACCAAUCAUUUUGGAGAUUUUCCCCAGUCAAGUAGAUCGGAGCUGCACUUUUAUCUAUAGAACAUAUCUGCCCGAGAACGUUACAAAGAUGACCGCCGAGUAGGGCUGCAAUGGUACACACAAUUCACGGUUCGGUAUGUACCUCGGUUUUGGGGUCACAGUUCGGUAUGGUUUCAGUACAGCAACAAAAACAAAGAAUCUUUUUUUAAAUUAUUUAUUUUGAAAACACAGUGGCUGAUGGGCAACAAUUGUUAUUGUGAAGGCUCAUUUAUACGUGACUGCACUAUUUCUUCAAUGAAAUGACAGUAUAAAACUUUAGAGCAUCUUAUAUGCACAGUGUAUAAAAACAUAAUAAUAAAAGUUAAAGAAAAAAAGUGCAAUUAUAAUGCAGUGCAUAUUUCUGUGUCUUUUGCCUUUCAUUUACAUUACAUUUACAUUUAUGCAUUUGGCAGGUGCUUUUAUCCAAAGUGACUUACAGUGCCCUUAUUACAGGGACAAUCCUCCUGGAGCAACCUGGAGUUAAGUGCCUUGCUCAAGGACACAAUGGUGGUGGCUGUGGGGAUCGAACCAGCAACCUUCUGAUUACCAGUUCAGUGCUUUAGUCCACUACACCACCACCACUUUCAACUCACCACUUGUACUUUCAAGUUUUAUUUUUCAGGAAAAUCAGAAUAUCCACAUGAUCAGAGGAGAGGGUGGAUCUGUUAGUAUUGACAGCGAGUGCUUACAGCGGGCACUACAGAAUUGCUGAAAUGCACUCUUGUAGGAACUUUAUAACGGGGCUCAAGCUCGUUAAGCAGAUGCUUAAAUCCUGUGUUCUGGACGACUGAGUAUGCAGCGAUAAAUACUCCUAUGGUGUUCGUUAUCGCUUUAACCCUGUCUGAGCUUGCAGCGAGAGGCUGCUUGGACGCCGCCCCGAGACUAACGGCGGUUUCACAUAUCCUCCGUGAGCGAGGCGUGUGCUGCGUGGUCGUGUUGGGCUUUCACAUUGGCCACAUCUCUUCUGCGAGACACAGCUGCGGCUCUGCGCAGAAAAUACAGUUUUCUCUGUGUUCCUACACCAAACAUUUUCUUUAAUUAGACCAUAAUGUAAUUUUUUUGAGAGGGGAUAAUUGAUAAAUCUAACAAAUUUGGUCUUCAUGAAAUAAUUCGUACAUGAGUAGGAGGACAACAUUUACACCCAAUGAUAAAUCAUUUACAGAUUGACCCGGCCCAUGCAGAAUUGGGUCCUUAAUCAUUUGCAUUUAGUCAGAGAACAAAAACGGUGUUCCUGUGUUAAGAGUUUGCAUCCAGCCCGAUGGCCCAUAAAUGAUUAAAUAUGUAAAAACAUUCAUCUGUGAACAGUAAUGUAUGUAAGGUUAUGACAGUAGGACUUCUUAACUGAUAUUUCUCUUUCAUCAGGAUUUUAAUUAUUGAAUUCACUUUUUCCAUGAAAGUUCAUUAGAACUGAACAUACAGUAUUUAUGGAGGAAAACUCAUUGCUUCAUCCUUAAUUCAUGGGGGUCCAGGCUUUAAAGCUCUUGUUAAAUUUUCCUUUGCCCUGAUGAACAUUUAUCAUAGUUCUUGCAUAGUAUCCAUGGUAUUAGUAAGAGCAUGGUGAUCACUGGUAAAACCAUGCUCAUAAUUUUAAAUUCCAUAGAGACUAUAAAAAAACCUGCUAUAAUGACAUAUUCCCCUAAUAUACAUAAUUUAAUAUAUUUAUAAUGAAAGUGACAUAUUUCAAAUGUAUACAAUAUUUCUGCCAAAACAGGUUAGUCAGCGCUGCACAGGAGGGCCGGUCCUGCUCAGCUCUAGCACUGCACGGUUUAAUCUGGUAGCGUUUCGUCAUACUUUUGGAGCAUUUCGUGUUUUCCAAGCACAGUAGUAAAUGGCACACUUAAUAAGAGUGGGGCGAUUGACCUGCCCAAUGCUCGACCGGCCCACUGGGAAAAUGCCAGGUGUGCCAGAUGGCAUUACUCACUGGUCGUGAUCGAUUAAUGUUGUAAAGCACCAUAUACUAUAUCCCUAUAUAUACAUAAACAGGCAAAAGCAAUGCUGUUUAAUUAUUCAUUCUUUUAUUUAGUUAAUUUGUGUUUGUUUAAACUGAUUUGUAGGCUCGUCUUAAAUAUUGUGCAUUUGCUUUUGGUUAUUGUCUAUAAUCUCCUGAUAAUCUUUUAUUUUCUCGCAACUCACACUUGCAAGGGUGAAGGGUGUAAUCUGUUAAUCUGUGUUGCUCAGGAUAUGUGAAACCACCGUAACUUGCACGGGCUGUUUAUGCUUUACUCCCGUAUGCUCAACAGACACAUGUGGAUGAUGUCGCCGCAGAUGAGUCCUCAUGUUAGAGGUGCUUCCUGAGACAUACCCGACUUCAGUGAAACAGAGCCGACACACAGCCUUCAUCCUGUUCACUACUCGUCGCCCACUAUUACUGUAGUCUACUGCCGAACCAUAACGCUCCCAAACAUCACAUUUUAGAGACAGCGGUGGGUCUUCAAUCGCUGGCUUAUUUAAGUCUAAUUUAUAUUUUGUUUAGUUUCAUCACAGUCGGGAAAAAUAGCGAGUUAGCCAGUAUACACUUCACAUGCAUUUAUCUGAUCCGCAGUUUUUAGUGUACUAUGUGGCGCUUGUUCUGUAAAGUUUUGGUUCCGUGUGGUCCCACGUUGUUCCGCAGGCUUUUUUUAAUUUUAGUUCUAUGCAGUUUGUGUUGUUCGUAAUAUGUUGUUUUAAUAUUGGUUUCACACAUGCUAAGACAUGUAAUCAUUCAUGUGACCGCCUGUUUGGUGUGGAUUCAUGUACCAUUGCAGCCCUUCCACCAAGUGGACUGACUUGUCUCUAAAGGGACUUUGAGAACAAACGCAUGCUUCACACUCUCUCAUUCUGUUGUGGUAAAAUGUUUUAAAAAUGACAACUCCGUUGCACAUCUGUGUGGAGAUCGAAGAAACUGAAUUUCAGGCGUGUUUACUCUGCAAGCACAUAUUCGGCGAAGGUUUAUCAGUCCAGUUUUUCAGUAUGAUGGUUGAUCUUGUCAAUCUGUCGACUGAUUAUGAUGUCAUUAGUUGUACAGUCUGCUGGUGGUUGAAAUGGUGGAGAAAAAUAAAUGGACUUAAAUUAAAAAAAGAGGCACAUCGGGGGUCUGGGUAUCUCAGCGAGUAUUGACGCUGACUAUCACACCUGGAGUUCGCAAGUUCAAAUCCCAGGGUGUGCUGAAUGACUCCAGGCAGGUCUCCUAAGCAACCAAAUUGGUCCGGUUGCUAGGGAGGGUAGAGUCACAUGGGGUAACCUCCUAAUGUGGUUCUCGCUCUCAGUGGGGCGUGUGGUGAGUUGUGUGUGGAUGCCGUGGAGAAUAGCGUGAAGCCUCCACACGCGAUACGUCUCUGCGGUAACGCGCUCAACAAGUCAUGUGAUAAGAUGCACGGAUUGACGGUCUCAGACGCGGAGGCAACUGAGAUUCGUCCUCCGCCACCCGGAUUGAGGCGAAUCACAAAAAAUCCCCCCCCAAAAAAAGAGGCACACCAUUUAUUUUUGUACUGCGCUUAAAUGUUUGAUUUGUUUCGUAGCGUGAAACAUAACUGAAUAUUUCAGUAUGAAAAUGAGUGGUUAAAAUAAUCGGUAUAUUUUGAUGAUUUCUCGUUUGUUGUAGUUUGUCUCACAGCUCAUUACACAGGAAGUUCGUUUGGCUGUUUUCUAUUUUUAUUUCUCAUCUUGAUAAGUUUCUUGUACCAUCCAUAUAUUUGCUCUCUGCUGCCCUACAAAGACAAAACACAGUAACUACAGCAUCACUGAAACAGAAAAUAUGUCUUCAGGCAAAUGUGGAUUAUAAAAUAGUGUGACCGUGUUUUCUCUGAAUCUGAUCCGAGUCGGACACUAUUUCACUAAACCUGUAGUUACUGCAUUUUACCUUUGCAGGACAGUGUGGGCGAUAGGAAAACAAGAAUGUUUUAUUAUUCUAUGUUUUCAGAAAUCUCAGGAACUCUUUCUACUCAACAGCAGUUUUCAUUCUCUCGACGUGGAAGAAAAACUGUAAAUGAUUCAAACGGAUUCACCCGAGCUUUUGGAAAUGAUUCUGUUCCACAUACAUACCUGUUCUGUUCAUGUGUGUAAAUGCUUCUGUCAGUGCAGCUUUUUCCCACUGCAGACGAUUUGUUUGAGUUGUUAUGAAGCAAUACAUUUUAGAAAUAAUAUACAAGUUGACAAACGUAUACUGUAUAUAAAUAUAUAUAUUCUUUGCAAAUCUUUUCCCCCUGCACUUUAUAUAGAAAUGUAUUUCAGAAAUGUACAUAUGAUGAGAUUAUCAGUUGUCAAUAUUUCUCCUGAUUAUUAUUAUAUUAAUAUUAUUUUCUUUGCAUUAAAUGAAUAGUGAUCAAAGCUUGUCAUGGAGCAUCAUUUUGUUCUUUCAGGCUUUUAAUUGCUGUAUGUAGAUAACCAACGUUGUGGAAACGUUUUUGUUGUUUUGGAAUAAACCUUUGUGAACGUUAGAACAGAUCCAAUUUGUUUUAUUGGCAUUAGAAUGAUUUGAUAUCAAGUCACUGGUGAAAUCAAAACCAUAAUAUUCACAUAAAAGGAUUAAACAGAGACUAAAUAAAUAAGUGAAUUUUAA